CGGUCGGUUCUUGCAUCCGCUGUUGUCGGUUCCGCUGUGCUCCAGGUAUCUUUUUCAGAAGGAAAGCUGCCUUAUCAUAUGUUUCAAGGAUGGCUCUUCCUAUCAUUGUAAAAUGGGGUGGACAGGAAUAUUCAGUGACCACACUUUCGGAAGAUGAUACUGUGCUGGAUCUCAAACAGUUUCUCAAGACCCUUACGGGAGUGCUACCAGAACGCCAGAAGUUACUUGGGCUCAAAGUUAAAGGCAAACCUGCAGAAAAUGAUGUUAAGCUUGGAGCUCUCAAACUGAAACCAAAUACUAAAAUCAUGAUGAUGGGAACUCGUGAGGAGAGCUUGGAAGAUGUCUUAGGUCCACCUCCUGACAAUGAUGACGUUGUUAAUGACUUUGAUAUUGAAGAUGAAGUAGUUGAAGUAGAAAAUAGGGAGGAAAACCUACUGAAAAUUUCCCGCAGAGUAAAAGAGUACAAAGUGGAAAUUUUGAAUCCUCCCAGGGAAGGGAAAAAACUUUUGGUACUAGAUGUUGACUAUACAUUAUUUGACCAUAGGUCUUGUGCAGAGACUGGGGUAGAAUUAAUGCGGCCAUAUCUUCAUGAAUUCCUAACAUCUGCAUAUGAGGAUUAUGACAUUGUUAUUUGGUCUGCAACAAAUAUGAAGUGGAUUGAAGCUAAAAUGAAAGAGCUGGGAGUGAGUACAAAUGCAAACUACAAGAUUACCUUCAUGUUGGACAGUGCUGCUAUGAUAACAGUGCAUACUCCGAGGAGAGGAUUAAUAGAUGUAAAGCCUCUUGGUGUUAUAUGGGGAAAGUUUUCGGAGUUUUACAGCAAGAAAAACACCAUCAUGUUUGAUGACAUAGGACGAAAUUUUCUUAUGAACCCACAGAAUGGACUAAAGAUAAGACCUUUUAUGAAAGCACACCUAAAUCGAGAUAAAGACAAAGAACUUUUAAAAUUAACCCAAUACCUCAAGGAAAUAGCAAAACUAGAUGAUUUUUUGGACCUGAAUCACAAAUAUUGGGAAAGGUAUCUCUCAAAGAAGCAAGGUCAGUAGUUAUAAGCUGUACUAGCAAUUAUUGAAGAUACUUGAUAUCCAGGAACAACUUCUCGCUUUUAUGCUAAAGAUCAUUAUGAUAGUGCUGGACACUGCAGCAAAUACCAACUGCUUAUACUUGGUCUUCCAGUUUUUUUGUAAAUUUAAUUUUAUAUUUUUUGAAGAUCAUAGCAAUACGCCAAAAAAGAAGAAAAAAGCUCCCCCCAUAUGACUAUACUGUAACUCUUAAAAAAUAUUUUCUCCAGCAUAGAGUAGUGAGUACCCCUGCCCACACACAGACACAAAGUGGCAGAAAUGUAUACUUAACAAUGUCAUUUUGUGACUUUGGAAACAAAUAUGUCUCGUGUUUUUGUCUCAAUGUGUUGUCUAAGCCCAAACCCAUCUGGAAACUACUGUUUUUCUGUUUAAAACCAAGAAAAGAAAUGUUUUUAGUAAGGAACCUAAUUUGGUUUGCUUAAAAUCACCAAGAUUUUUUUUUUUCAUUCCUUUGUCGUAAACACAAUUUCUCUUCUUACUCCACUACUUACAUUUCUAAAUUUUGGCCUGUCUCAGUUGGGUCUGUAUGUGUGUCAGUGUUCUUUGAGUAAAACUGGAAAACGUGUGCUGUGAUACACAUACGUCAUAGUAUGACAAGUAGUAAACAUAAGACUGAGGAAUGAAAGUACAGAACUAGAGUGUGUUUCCUUGUGGUGGCCAAGUAGAAGCACUCCUGCCUCAAACCAUUGUCCGAAAAGCAGUACAUUUUCAAGUGGGAUGUAUCACUGGUUCAACCCUGAAAAGCAUGAACAAAAAGUUUUUGUUCUGUUCCAGCUCUGUCUUGUAGAAGUGCAGACACUGUGUUUCAGUGAAAAUACCUAGCCAUAAGAUGAAAAAAAAUUUAUUUGCAAUGCUUGUGCCUGCAGACA